AUGGAUGAACCACUGAGUGAGACAAAGGCCAUAUUAUUCAACGACCUCAUACCGCUUCCGUUUCGCAUAUCGGGGCUUAUUCAAUUAGGCCUCACAUUUUGGUUCUUACUUAAUGUCAUUUUAUUCAAUUUUUCAUCAUUAAACAUUCUCCAAUUGCUAAAUUUAUCAUACAACCCUCACAAGUAUGCCCAGUUGGAUGGGCCUUUGCCUGCAAGUGGUGAGUAUGCUACUACCAUGCCUGCUGACCGAAAUGAAAAUAGUCGAUUUAUAAAUGGGAUAUGGUCAAGUUUGAAGGGAGUUAGUUUAAUUAAUGUCAUCAGUUGGGCUAUAUUUAAAGCUGUGCAAUACUUUAAUGGUAACUGGAAAGUGAUUUACUACAGUAUACCCAUCAUACAGUUUGCAUAUAUUUUUAAUCGGAUUUUCUAUGAAAAUGUUUCCAGUCCUGGUCAAGUACGAAUUUGGACAACCAUGCAAAGGAUUAUUCAAGGAAAGAUAAAUUUUCAAACUAUGCGAAGUAAUGAUAUUUUGAUUAGUGAUUCAAUGGUGUCUUUUGCUAAAGUCAUUAAUGAUUUCGGGUUGUUCAUUUGGGGGUUUUAUAUUGAUGAAUCUACCGCAUACAAUUACAAACUUGAGUUUAUUAUACUUUGCAUUCCUACCUUAAUUCGAAUAAGACAGUGCUGGUUUGAAUAUCGCACGACUAGACAAUUACAACAUUUGCUAAAUCUUGUCAAGUAUAGUACAGGUAUUGGACCUCUCAUUGUCAAUGUUUUCAUCAAGAGUACAUUAGUAAAUGCCACAGAGCAAGAAAGGCAAUCAGGAGAUCUAUUCACUGCUUUAGCAUCACUUAAUCGAUGGUGGUAUGUUUUCCUGGCCCUAAAUUCAACUUACUCAUUUAUUUGGGAUAUCAAAAUGGAUUGGCAUUUACAAUUAUUCAACAAAUUUUUCAAUCCCAAAGCACAAUUUUCCAUUCUCCGUAUUCAUAAAGCUUAUCCUGACUAUAUCUAUUUUGCAGCAAUUGUCAUUGAUUUCUUUUUACGAUUCAUAUGGGUGCUCAAGAUAUUCAUCAUCAAUGACCAAUUAAGCCAGUCAGACAUUAAAUUAAUUCAUGUAUUUUCAACAUUUUUAUUUGGUUACGAUGCUUAUUCUUUUGGAUAUGUUGUUAUUGAAACAUUGGAGAUUUUUAGACGGUGGAUGUGGUGUUUUAUUAAAUUGGAAAGUGAUUGGGUUAAAUUGAAGCUUCAUGAGCUGGAGCAAGAAGAAGGACCAAAUGAUAUUGAUGUUGAUGUUGAUGUUGAGUUGGCAGAGAUGGGGAAGAGGUAA